AUGGAUCAAAAUCACGCUCCCCCUUCACCUCUUCAACAACAUCGACCUUCAUCUUCCCGACAUGGCGGCACUCAAGGCUCAUCAUCGAACACAACUUCAUCAUCUACCGAUAACAAGUUGAAGAACCCUGUUGGUGUCGGAUUACAUCGUCAAGGCAACACAUGUACUAGUCCUACAACCGCUCAGGCAAACAUCAGUCCUUGGUCUGGAGCGCAAGAACCUGCUUCAAGUACGAUGUCAUGGUCUCAGGAAAAUGAAGAAGCCGCUGUCGAAAGAUGGAGGGCCCAAGCUCAGGCCUCUACAUCUUCAUCUUCCAAAUCAUCCUCAUCAAAUUGGGAAAAUACAAAUAGCCAACCUCUCGCUUCAACAUCUCGCUGUCCUUCGCCGCAUCACAUGCCAAUCGAGAUCCCAGCUUCAACAGCGAUAGAAUCACAUUUACCUCAACCUUACAACGUCGAUUCAUCUACUUCAUCCUCCUUACUCACUUCUGAACCACUUAAUCGAACAGCUUCCGCCAAUCCUUCACCUAUCAUGCACCCACCUGAACCUUCACCUCCUAGAAAAAAGAGGACUCGAGCCAGCUCCCUACCGAAUGCUACACCAGUAUUCAAGAGGAGAAAAUCGAAACAUGAUACACCUACGCCUUCAGACGUCUGGCAAAGAACAUAUGAGACUGGUCGAUCGACACCUACCAAAAUCCAAAGACAACAAGCAGCGGCAGCGGAACUAGGUAGAGUAUUGAAGAAUAAACGCCAUUUAAAGAUAGUAUCGCAAGAACAACAUUGCGUUGUUGCUUGCAGACAACCUGCGAUCAACGUCAGCUCAUUACGAACACUCGAUGCCACUGAGAUCCUGAAAACGCCACAACUUCGACAUGAUCUGUUAUUCGAUAGUCUAGCUUUCCGGCCGGUCAAUCUACCUUAUGAAGUACCCACAAAACCUGGUUACGCUGAAAUCCUGACCGGUGAUAAGACCCCUAUUGUCGAUCCUAGAGCGUCGACCUUUGUGGCAGAUAUGUACUGGGAUAGUAUUGCUGAAGAGCUCGCAAGUGGUUGUCGAUGUGUAAGAUGGAGCAUGCCAAAGAAUCAAACUUCGAUGAAUCAUAGACAAAUCGAGAAGCUGGAAAGAAUUCCUAAUUGCUUAUGUGGGAGAUGGAGAAGGGAUUUGACUGAAAAUGAUUGGUGGACACGUGCGGCCGUUUGGCCCUCUAGAUUACCUGAACUGAUCAAAACUCUGCGAGAAAUCCUCAUAUCCCUCAUGGGUUCCACCACACCUUGCCCUAAUCACUUCGCGCAUUCUUUUUCAAAAGAAGCCCUCGAAGCACACGAAGCGGUGUGCCCCACUGUGACUCACGCUCUUGUCCCCGAACUUUACGCUGCUCUCGAUCCCGAGUUCCUCACUAUCCAAGCUAGACGAGGUGUCUUUGAUCUACAUCUGUUCGAGAAGCUUGGUGAGGCAAUGAAAGUACAUUGUGCUCCUGUAAGAGAUGAGAUGGUCGAUGACAUGGUACGAACGGCUCUGUCUGGCGAUGUAGCCAAGGGUUUGAGAAAGUGUUUCGACUGUGCAGAAGUGAUGAAGCUUGAUAUUGCGAACCAUCAAGUACAUGCACUCCGACCCUACCUUUGGGACAACGCAAAUCAAUAUGAAUACAAUGCUUUCCAGAGCCUUCUCCUUCAAAACAAUCUUGCGCUUGAUUCGUCCAAAACACGACAAUGGAUUUAUGCUGCUUCCCGUCAAGUUCUUUCUGCUUCCGAACCUAGAAUCCGCACUCAUCUGAUCGGAAGAUGUGAUUGUAAGAGCAAUAUGGAGUUGGUCAUCCGCUCCCUCGUCAGUGGAUUCAUGGAUCUUGUGUUUGACCGAUGGAACGCAGACAUUCAAGCUUGGCCACCUGUUGUUCAGAGAAGAGCGAUGGGAUCAAACGGUAUCCCCGUGCUUGAAGGUCCCAUGAAAGGCUCUGUUGAGAUUCCCGAAUCGUUCAAGAUGGAUUCCAGGCGAAUCAAGGAUUUCCAUUCUGAAGUCGUCGACAUUUCGAUAUCUCAUAUGAUCCUGUUAGCUUUCCGAAAGUUCUUUAAUCAACGUAAUGCCAGAUUAUCCAAUGGAGCUAUACAGUCGAAUAUGAAAAAGGCUAGAUUAGAUAUUGAGUGGACAAUGGAUAAACUAGCAUCAAUAGCUAGAUUACCUGAAGAACCUGUUUCAAGUUUAGAUGAUGAACAAGCCGAAGAAGCUCUCAAAUCUGAUUUAGCUUUCAGACUUGCCUUGAGGAUCGUCCGACCUGAAGCCGUAGAUGAACCCAGUGCGAUACCUACUCAAACUCAAAUGAAGGAAGUCUCAUCGCUGGCUUCUACAUUGAAUGGAUAUCUCACCAAUAACCUCAAGAGAGAUUCAGAUCUACUCAAGAGUAAUAUGCUAAGACUCAAGGCAGUACUCACCAAAGUUCUCUCAGACAUGUUGUUAGGAUAUAGAUUGAAUCCAACUUCCACAUUCUUCGAUCUGAAUGCGAACAAGUGUUUAAGAAAGGACACCUCGAUAACACCGGCCACUGCUUCUUUAACGAUUUCAUCCCCUUCUGCAGACGUUGAUAUAGAAGAAGAGGAGGAAACUGAAGUGAGGCGAGCGGAGUCUUACCCUAGAGAAAUCAGAGAAAGAUAUGAAGCUUUUAUCGCUAAAUCCAAAGAGGAAGAACUGAAUAUGAUGAAAUCAUAUGGAUUGGAAGGUGUCGCUGAACCAAUCAAAGAAUUGACAGAUAGAAUGAUCAAAAUCGUCGCUUUCAAUUUAUCUGUCUUUGGUGAAACUUAUGCUGGGAAAGGGAUGACGAUUGGUUCUUAA